CGGAGAUUAUCUGUUAGCAUAAAAAUCUUGCCCCACGUGAAAAUUCCAAGAUAACGUGAAACAUGCAGUACAUAUUCAUUUUCAUUGCGCUGUUUGGCGCCUGUCUGGCCCAGAACCAGUGCAGCGUGGACUCGGACUGCACGAACAUAGCGUGUCAGGCUGGAGAACACGUGGUCUGUAACAGACACAACCACUGCCAUUGUCAAGCUGCUCCGUCGGUGGACUGUAAACACGCCGGGGAUUGUCACCACAUGCACUGUGGAAAAGAUCAUCACAGGGUCUGCGUCAAUCUCAAAUGUAACUGUACAGACAAAGCCGUGUUGGGCGCUGAAACGUGCACGAAUGCCGACGUCUCGACGUGCUCGGAUAUCUGCGGCUCCCACCAGGAGCUGGCCUGUCACAACGGCCACUGUGGCUGCCACCAUGCCGUGGGCAUCUCCGGAACGUGCACGGCGAACGAUACCUCCACUUGCAGUGGUACCUGCGCUUUCCUGGAAACGUUGAUAUGCAACCACCGUGGCAGAUGCCGCUGCCGCCAUGCCCAUCUCGUGGGUAAACGCGCCCAUGGUACAUGCCAAGGAAACGACACGACAACGUGUGAUCUGAAGUGUCAUCAUGCUGAGGACAUCCUCGUCUGUCACAACGGCCACUGUCACUGUCACCACGAGAAGUUGGGCGGGACGUGCAGUGGUACUGAUGUCACUGGAUGCAUUGGAAACUGCGGUCCUGACACUACGAUGGUUUGUCACCACGGUAAAUGCCAUUGCCAGCAUCAUCAUAACGUAGUGGGUUAAAUUGUUGCGUGAAUUAGAAUGUGAUUUCUUACAGUGUGAAGUUCCAAAGUGGAAUCAAGCAUGUUUUUCCUUCUGUAUGUAUAGCAAUAAUAAUAAAUAAGUCACAAUUG